AUGAGAUUCAUCUUAUUCUUUGUUUUAAUGUUAACAGCCUUGGCUGCUGGUAGAAGAUUAUCAGUUGAGGAAAGUCAAUUCAUUGCCUUCCAAAAUAAAUAUAAUAAAAUUUAUUCAGCUGAAGAAUAUUUAGUUAAAUUUGAAACCUUCAAAUCAAAUUUAUUAAAUAUUGAUGCCUUAAACAAACAAGCCACCACCAUUGGAUCUGAUACUAAAUUUGGUGUCAACAAAUUUGCUGAUCUCUCAAAAGAAGAAUUCAAAAAAUAUUACUUAAGCAGCAAAGAAGCCCGUUUAACUGAUGACCUCCCAAUGUUACCAAACUUAUCAGACGAUAUCAUUUCAGCAACCCCAGCCGCUUUCGAUUGGAGAAAUACUGGUGGUUCAACUAAAUUCCCACAAGGUACUCCAGUUACCGCUGUUAAAAACCAAGGUCAAUGUGGUUCAUGUUGGUCAUUCUCUACCACUGGUAACGUCGAAGGUCAACACUAUUUAUCAACUGGUACAUUAGUUGGUCUCUCUGAACAAAAUUUAGUCGAUUGUGAUCAUACUUGUAUGACCUACGAAAACGAAAAUGUUUGCAAUGCUGGUUGUGAUGGUGGUCUCCAACCAAAUGCCUACAACUACAUCAUCAAAAACGGAGGUAUCCAAACCGAAGCUACCUAUCCAUACACUGCUGUUGAUGGAGAAUGUAAAUUUAACUCUGCCCAAGUUGGUGCUAAAAUUUCAUCUUUCACUAUGGUUCCACAAAAUGAAACUCAAAUUGCUUCCUACUUAUUCAACAAUGGUCCAUUAGCUAUUGCAGCUGAUGCUGAAGAAUGGCAAUUCUAUAUGGGAGGUGUUUUCGAUUUCCCAUGUGGUCAAACUUUAGAUCACGGUAUCUUAAUUGUUGGUUAUGGUGCUCAAGAUACCAUCGUCGGUAAAAAUACUCCAUACUGGAUCAUUAAAAACUCAUGGGGUGCCGAUUGGGGUGAAGCUGGUUACUUAAAAGUUGAAAGAAAUACUGAUAAAUGUGGUGUUGCCAAUUUCGUUUCUUCAUCAAUUGUUGGUUCAUCAAACUAA